UGAAGCAGAGGGCUCCGGGCUGGACUGGGAGGCUGAUCAGGAGUGUGGGGAGAGGGAGGAGGAGAGCGUGGGGGAGGAGGGGGAGGAUCUGCUAAUUACACAAAACAGCUCUGGGGGCUGCUGAAGUCCAGAAUGAAGCAAAGAGCGGCAGAAGCGAGUGCUGCAGUGGGAGCAGAGGAGGCACCGGCAGGAAUUCCCACCCGGGGAGAAUUCUGCAGCUCCAUUCCUUCUGGGGACUGAUUCUCCGGCACAGCCAGGAGGGGACUAUCUGGGCUUGACAGAAAGUCCUUCACCUGGGGAGGGAGAGCGCUGAGUAGCCAGUUAGAAGAGGCAGAAUCAUGGAAGAGCAGCACUAAAUUUGCCCCCUUUUUCUGCUGACUUGGAGCAAAGGGAGUUUGGAGCCAAGGAUAGUCUUUGGGAUGGAUGCUGGCAUUUAGACAUCUGAUCUGACUCAUUUUCCCUCCAGGAAGGGCAAGCAAUGGCUGCCAAAGAGGUGGAAUCCACACCCAUGCCCCCCGUAGCCCAGUCCAGGAUGGAGAACUUCAGGAAGGUCAAGACGUCGGAGCAGGAUAGCCCACUGCCCUUCUCUGACCUGCCCCCUGGUGUGGUGGAGAUGAAAGUGAAGGAGGGUAGCAAGAUCAGGAAUUUGAUGGGCUUUGCUAUGGCCAGGAUGGAGCUGAAGGGCACCCGGCAGAUAGUCUUCAGUGGCUGUGGUCGGGCAGUCACCAAGACCAUCACCUGUGUGGAGAUCAUGAAGAGGAAGCUGGGGGGCCUCCACCAGGUCACCAAGGUGCGUUACAAGACCCUGCUGGAGGUCUGGGAGAACAAGGACCCUCAGCCUGAUGGCCAAGUGGAGAACCUGACCGUCCACAAGAAUGUGCCCUCCAUCUGUAUCCUAUUAUCCAAGGACCCCCUGGAUCCCAAUGAGAUGGGCUACCAACCCCCGGAGCCCAGGGAUGGGCUGUGGGCUGAAGAUGGGGGAAUAGAGGACGAUAGAUUCAUUUCACCCCCACAAGGGGUGAAGAGACCUUUGGCACUUCCGCACGGGGAGCUGGCUAACAAGAAAAUGCAGGUACAGGUACCAGAGAGUCAAAAGGGCUUGGGGACUAUGGACUACAUGCUGGACUAUCAUCACUGACUCACCCCCACCCCGCAGAGAAAUAACCUAAGCCAUACGUAGUGUACAUAGAAAGGAGAUUAUAUAUUGAAGACACUCUAGAUUUUUAGAUGCUUUGUAAUCAAUAAAGGGACAAUGAAGCCA